GGGUGCGUCUCAUUUCUCUGUCUUACCCCUUCCCCUUACCCCUCCCCCUCGGUUUUGCGCGUUCAUGUGAGGGGAAGUGGUGUCUCGAUUCUCAUUUUGAUUAAGGGGUAGGGCCAAGGCGUAGGGCUACAUAGCCCUUGAAACGAAGUUUGCGGAGGACCACACUUGAAACAGAGGGGUAACUUAACAACGUAGGAAUUUCUCAAAAGUGCCGGCAUGGCUGAACGUCGAACUGUGAAGGAGUCGCACAAAUGGACACCUGAGGAGACUCGGCGGCUCAUCCGCUUCAGGGCAGAGAAUGAAAAAGACUUCAUGAAGUCCAAAACAAUGGCCAAACAACAAUGGGAGAAAUUUGUGAAAGAGAUUGGCCUAGAGGGCAAGGUGACUGGACAGCAGGCUUCCAAAAAAUGGGAGAAUUUAAAACAAAAAUACAAGGAAUUGAGGACUCCAAAAACCGGCUCAGGGACAGACCAGGGUGAGGUCACUGUUGCUACAUGGCAGUACUAUGGAGACAUGCAUGAGGUUUUGGGUGCCCGGCCUGCGAUGGACCCCCCUGUGGUGGUGGCAUCAUUCCAACCAGCAGAGGAUCCCAUGACAAUCCUCAUGGAUAUUGUGGAGCCCUCUACCUCAGAGCUCUCCACCACAGCAGCAUCCUGGACCCCUGACACAGGAACCAGUACCCCAGCAGCAACAAGUGCCACCACAUCUAGGAGGAGGUCCAAUCCUAUUAUGGAGUUCAUGAUCGAGGAGGCCCUUCAGGAGCAAAGGCGCCAUGAAGAGAGUGAGGCGAAGUCACAGAGGUUUUUAGACCUCUUUGAAAGAAUGAUUGAAAAGAUGUGAAAAUAAUUACCU